AUGGAGCGCCUCACACUCCUCCCCAUGCCCAUGCCCAUGUCCGUUCCCACAAUUCACUACCCCGACUCGCCGAGGUCGCCAGCGCGGUCAUCACGUAUGCUCCACUUCUCCAACAAGCGAUCACUACCACUUCCCCAGCACCACGCCCAUCGCAAGACGAGCGCCUUCAGCCGUCGCCAACACAACAUCAGCGGGACACGACGUCAGCACAAUGUCAGUGGGACGCGCCGCUGCAACAAUGUCAGUGGGACGUACCCCCGCCACCGCAACGUUUCCAGUCCACCACCACCAUUGAUCCACACCCACGUUCAGCACCCUCGGGGACGACACUCGUCGCUCAUCAAGCCGUUCCUCGUCCGCGCACCGCGCACUCCUCCCUCAUCCCCACUCGUCGCCAACACUCCCAUGCUCCCGCCACCACCACGCCCAUGGACGCCGCUCUCCAUUGCCGACGACGCCGUAUCGUUCCUCUCUGCUCGCCCCUGCUCGCCAGCGUUUACCAAUGCGAACCCCAAAUCGCAGCGGAGGACACUACGACACGCCGUCCGCUCGCUCCUUUCCAACAUUAUCCGGCGACAGCGCGAGGACAUUGAGGAAGAGGACGAUGGUGAGCCCCCAUUGCGCGGGCUCACGAGUGGCGCGCCGCUGCGUCCGCACCGCUCCCCUGGUGCGGAGAGUUUCCACGCGACCUCGGGACGUGUUGCGCUCGAGCCAACGCGCUCCUCGUCUCCGCCAGUACGCAUGAGCGGAAUGGCUGUCGAGGACCACGACAACGACAGCCCGAUCCCGCCGUAUCUGAUUCUGCGCCCGCGCACGCGCCGCCUACACGAUCGGCUUGAGAGCCGGUUCUCAGACUCGAGUGAGGAUUCGGAGAGCGACAACGUGUCGAUCUUCAGCCUGAGCAAGCACGCAAAGCAGAUCCACCCUCUCAUGCGCGGCCGCAAGUGGAGCUCGGCGCCGAGCCUCAAUCGCGGGCCGCUGCGCGCACUUAGUGUAUCCCAGGGACGGCGAGGCAAAUCGCUCGAUCUGUAA